AUGGAUCGGAAUCUGUUGAAGAACGUGCAGGAGCGAUCGUUCAGCUCGCAGGUCACUCUUUCUGACCUCCGCGACAACCCCGGUGCUCGCCCCAGCAAGAAGCGUCUGGGAAGGGGAACGGGAAGCGGCCUUGGAAAGACUUCGGGCAGGGGCCACAAGGGACAGCGCGCACGCGCUGGCAACCAUGGGCUCCUGGGCUUCGAAGGAGGGCAGACUCCCUUGAUGAAGAAACUCCCGAAAUUCGGUCACAAGAACGUGCAUGCUUACAUUUCCCUUCUGGAGGGGCUGAACAUCGAUCGCCUCUGGUCUUGGAUCCAGCAGGGAAGAAUCGACUCCUCCAAGUUGAUCAACAUGAAGGUGUUGCGUGACACCGGUUGCGUUGGAAGCAACAUCAAGAAAGGGAUCAAACUCCUUGCUAAGGGGAAAGAACUGACCAAGAUCGACCGACCCCUUCAGAUAGAAGUUUCCGACGCGUCUGCCCAGGCAAAGCGAAUCAUCGAAGAAGCAGGGGGAAAGGUCAUCAUCGCCUACUACAACAGGCUAGGACUUCGUGCAAUGUUGAAACCAGAGAAAUUCGAGCGAAUCCCACGUCGUGCUGCUCCUCCACCCAAGUUGAUGUGGAAGUAUCCUCUGCACUACAAGCAAGUCCAGGAACAAAUGUUGCAAAAGCAGUGA